GCGUGAGGCCGAUGUCGGGCCCCGGGGCGGUGCUGCUGCUGCGGGGCCGGCGCUGCGGCCCUGCCCGGGAACCAGGGCGCGGACGGGAGCGAUGGGAGCCGGGAAGCGGCUGAGCGGGACCCGCCGGAGCCGCCCUGGAGCCCCCAGCGGGCUCCCAGCCCCACAGCCCCUCCCAGCUGAGGAUCUCAAAGUACCCAACAGGCAUUGACGAAUGAAGCCUCAUUCCACCUCCGUGAGGCAGGGCGCAGUUCCUGAAUCCCAAGACAAACCCGUGGCAGAUAAGACACUGAAGCUGAAGACACUUGUCCAUCUGUUCUUAACGCUGGUGAUUCUGUCUGCUUGUACUGUGCUCUACAUCCUGCUCUGCCCGCAGCUGCGUUGGCUCAGCUAUCGGCGGCUGGAGGAACAUAAACGUCCCUUGGUGACGGUGUCUGGAGCCCUCAGCUUCGAGGGGUACAGUCGUGUUCCUGAUGGAAAGCCGUUGGUCAGAGCUCAGUGCCGCCAGUGCGCCUUGGUAUCGAGCUCGGGUCAGAUGCUGGGCUCGCGGCUGGGGAAGGAGAUCGACCGAAUGGAGUGCGUCCUGCGCAUGAACCAGGCCCCCACCAAUGGCUACGAAGAGGACGUGGGGACGAAGAGCACCGUCAGGGUUGUCUCGCACACCAGCAUCCCUUUGCUCCUGAGGAACCAGUCGUACUUCUUCAAGCAGUCCCGGGAGACCAUCUACGUCAUCUGGGGGCCCAUGAGAAUGAUGAGCCGGGAGAAGGGGGGGUUGACCUACAGGACUCUCCAGGAAGUGAAGGAGAUGUAUCCCAGCCUGCAGAUCUACACGCUGACCGAGAAGAUGAUGGCUUACUGUGAUGAGGUCUUCCAGGAUGAGACAGGGAAGAACAGGAUGAAGUCUGGCUCCUUCCUGAGCACUGGCUGGUUCACCAUGAUCCUGGCAAUGGAGCUGUGCGAACAGAUCUUUGUCUUCGGCAUGGUCAGCGAUAGCUACUGCAGGGAGAAGAAUCAUCCCAGAGUGCCUUACCACUACUUCGAAAAGGACAAGCUGGACGAGUGCAGGAUGUACCUCGCCCACGAGAGAGCUCCCCGGGGCGGCCACCGCUUCAUCACUGAGAAAACCGUCUUCUCCCACUGGGCAAAGAGAAGGAACAUUGUCUUCAAUCACACCUCGUGGGCGGGUGGAUAGGGGCGUCCGGCCCAUGUGCAGCUCCCGGGGGGAAAUGUUUCACUCCGUGGUACGAUAGGCUGCAGCCCGCUGGGAGUCCUGCAGCGUGGCAUGGGGGGCUGUCCAGAGGAGUUGCACGGGGGGUCAGUGCAUGCAGAGGAGCUGCACAGACACAGACUUGACAAGAGGCAGAGCAUCCUGGGAGGUGUGGCGCAUUGGAAGGGCUCCCUUACCGAGCCUGCUCUAAUCAGCAUGUUGAAUAGAGCAAUAAAGACACAUGCCCACCCUCUGCAGGGUCCCUGCCACUUGUGCUGGAGCAUUGAUGUGCAGGUCAGAGUGUCUCUGCGGGUCUGCUCCUAGGUGUUGCACAAUCCUUCCCAGGCACUCGGCUGGAAGGAGGCAGAGAAAACCUGGGGCAUCAUUCAGAGCACUCAAGGUCUCAGCCCCUCCAUUGCUGCAAGCAGUCCCUGACAUCUCUGAACCCCCCCACCCCAAUCAUUCUGAGCUCUGACCCUAGGACUGUCUUUGAAGAGUUUUUAAUCUUUGAACCAUGAUGAAUAUUUAAUCCAGUAUUAAACAUUUCCAUACUUUUGUUACAGCAGGCUGCAGAUCUUAGAAAAGUGGAGUCGCUCUGAGGUUUAAGCCAGUGCCUCUUGGGGUGAAACUCCUCAUCCUCCUCCAUUUAUAGCCUCAAGAGGAGGUUUUGGUGGGUGACCAAGGGGAGGAUGGAUGGUCUUAUAGUUCAGGCACUGGACUGGGACUCAGGGGACUUGGACUCAAAUCCAGGCUCUGCCACAGAUUCUCUGUGUGACCUUGGACAAGUUACCUAGGACCUGAUCCAAAGCCCAUUGACAUCAAUGGAAAGACUCCCAUUUACUCCAAUGGGCUCUAGCUUAGGCCCUUAAUCUCUCUGUCUCAGUUCCCAGUCUGCUGCUUGUACGUUGUAUUCGUUCCUCUCCUACGUCUGUCUUGUUCGUUUCGACUGUAAGCUCCUUGGGGCAGAGAUUGGCUCUUAUGAGCACAGUGAGGCCCUGAUCUCAGCUGGAGCCUGUAGGCAUUACAGUUAUCCCAAUAGUACCUCUGCCUGUCGGUUGUGAAGUCGUGCACAGGCCUUGGGUUGGUGAAUUGCUCCCACACGGGGCAAAGUGGCAGGAGAUGUGGGGGCUCUGGGGGUCCUGGGUCUUCGGUCAGUUUAAAGAGCGAGAGGAGUGGAAUGAUUCAAAAGCAUCUCUUGCUGUGACUUGGCUGAAUGGAGGCGAGACACCUGUCCUCCAGUGGGCGUGCUGUGCUGGAUGUGCAGUGCCGGGAAAAGAGAUGCCCCUGUCGCCAGCCAGCCUGCCAUUCAGUGAGGCGUAGACGUAAGAACGGCCACACUGGAUCAGACCAAAGGUCCAUCUAGCCCAGGAUCCUGUCUUCCAGCAGUGGCCAAUGCCAGGUGCUUCAGAGGGAAUGAACAGAACAGGGAAUCAUCCAUCCCGGCAGCAGUAUUUGUGCUGAGGUUUUGCCAUUUGGCAAGGAAAAGGACAGCGGUCCAUAGCUUCUGCCCAAAUAUCUUCUCGUUCUGUCUGUCCCAGUGUGGGUAAUUUCGACCUAGUGUCCUACCUGGGGCACCCGACUGUGGGCUCCGUUCCCACGCAUCACACCUCCCAAAGUAGUGUGCGUGUGUCCUGCAGCUCCUGUUACCCUGCACUACAGGCCCUGCAUUCCAGACAUGCCAUGAUGUGUUCUAGACGCUGCCCUGACCUCAGUAAAGGUGACAGCUUUUUGCCAGAAAAAUGAGGUCAGUUCUGGUUCAACAUCCUGAACGAUACACCUUACAUUUCUAUAGCACUUUUAGCCAUGAAGGAUCCCAAAAUGCUUUUGCAAAGUGUGAAUAGCUACCGGAGCCACCUCAUCAGCUCCUCAAAAUGCAGCUACUUCUGGAGUGGAACACUAUCUGUUCAACAGCACACACCACCCCCCUAGGACAGUGGUUUUUCAACCUGGGUCCGCAGACUGUGUGUAAGGGGUCUGCGAAACGACGUCAUUACCACAGAAGAGAGGUUCUCAACAUGUGGUACGCGGAUCCCUGGGGGACUGCAGACUGUGUCUAAGAUUUCCAAAGGGGUCUGCACCUCCAUUCAAAAUUUUGUAGGGGUCUGCAAGUGAAAAAUGGCUGAAAACCACUGCUCUAGGACAGGAAGCGAAGAAAGAUGCUGUAUCUAAUGUAAAUGGUAGGGGGAGUUUAGUUUUACAUUGUCUUGAAAUACAGUGUGCACACACGUGUAAUUAUAAUUGCAUCGAUUUAAAAUCCUUGUUAGGGGGUUUAAACCGUGACAGCUAUGAAGGAAGUUUUGGAGAUGGCCUGCACACAGCAGUUGGUGGCAGCCCCCGUGGAAAGCCCAUCUUUGUGCAGCGUGCAGUGCUGUAGCCGUUUAAAACCACAUCUUAGAAGAAUUGGUUUGAAAAAGACUCUCAGCAGAAGCUGUUUCUUGAACUGAAGCAGAGUGUGGUCACUUCGGGGUUCAGGCUGGAAGACACUACUUCUGUCAGCAGCUCCAUCAUGUCAGGAAGAAACAUUUCCUUCCAGUGUUCUGGCAUGUACCCUUUGAGUUCGUGUGCUGCCUUUGUUACCAAGUGCCCUUGGAUUGAUACCAAAGCGAACCUACGUAAUAAAAGUAUUUUUAAUUCUGUGAU